AUGGGAGUACCAAAAUUCUUUAGAUAUAUAAGUGAACGUUAUCCAUGUUUAAGCGAAGUUGUAAAAGAAUAUCAGAUCCCAGAAUUUGAUAAUUUAUAUUUAGAUAUGAAUGGAAUUAUCCAUAAUUGCAGUCAUCCUGACGAUAACAAUCCACAUUUUCGGAUUACUGAAGAGCAAAUAUUUAAGGAUAUAUUUCAUUAUUUAGAAGUAUUAUUUCGAAUGAUACGUCCUCGAAAAUUAUUUUUCUUAGCUGUUGAUGGUGUUGCACCACGUGCAAAAAUGAAUCAACAACGUGGACGUCGUUUUCGUUCAGCAAAAGAAGCUGAAACAUUAGUUGAAAAAGCAAAAGCAAAAGGUGAAAUAUUACCAACAGAAGCUCGAUUCGAUUCAAAUUGUAUAACACCUGGAACAUUAUUUAUGGCUAAAUUACAUGAACAAUUAAAAUAUUUUAUUGUAAAUAAAAUCUCAACGGAUAAAUCAUGGCAAAAUUGUAAAAUAAUUUUAUCAGGUCAUGAAACACCCGGUGAAGGUGAACAUAAAAUUAUGGAUUAUAUACGUUAUUUACGUUCACAACCUGGUUAUGAUCCACAUACACGACAUUGUUUAUAUGGAUUGGAUGCUGAUUUAAUUAUGCUUGGAUUGUGUACUCAUGAACCGUAUUUUUCAUUAUUAAGAGAAGAGGUGAAAUUUAGCAAAAAAGCAAAGAAAACAAGCGUUCCUGAACAAAUAACAUUUUAUUUAUUACAUCUUUCGUUGAUGCGUGAAUAUUUAGAAUUAGAAUUUAUAUCAUUGAAAGAUAAAUUGAACUUUGAAUAUAGUAUCGAAAACAUUAUCGAUGAUUGGGUAUUGAUGGGUUUCCUUGUUGGAAACGAUUUCAUUCCACAUUUACCAAAUUUGCACAUUCACAAUAACGCUCUUCCAAUAUUAUAUAAAACGUAUAUGCAAGUUUUACCCACGUUUGAAGGAUAUAUUAAUGAAGGUGGUAAAUUAAAUUUAGAACGAUUUGGUAAAUUUUUAAACGAAUUAAGCUCUAUCGAUACAGACGCAUUUGAGGAAAAUUAUGCAGAUUUAAAAUAUUUUGAAGAUAAAACUGGUCGUAGAUUAGAGAACUUUGAAAAACCAAAAACAUUAGAACCGUUUUCAUUUGAUAAUGAGGAAGCAGAAGUAACUACCAGUACUUCAAUGAAAAAUGAUUUGAUUGAUUUGGUAUCCGCUACGGACGUAAUGUUUUCAGAAUCGGAGAAUGAUGCCAGCGAAGGUGAAACUGAUGAUGAAUUCUUUCAAAGAGAAUUCAAACAACAUAAAAAUGAUUACUAUAUGAAUAAAUUGGAAUAUGCAAAUGUUACACCUGAGGUAUUACGAUCUCAAGCCGAAGGAUAUGUUCGUGCCAUACAAUGGAAUCUACAUUACUACUAUAAUGGAUGCUGUUCUUGGUCAUGGUAUUAUCCGCAUCAUUACGCUCCAUACGUCUCAGAUAUUAAAGAAUUUAGUAAUUUGGAUUUACAUUACGAUUUGGGCAGACCAUUUUUACCAUUCGAACAAUUAUUGGCUGUUUUACCAUCAGCCAGUAAAAGUUUAUUACCUGAAGUCUAUCAAAAAUUGAUGACCGAUGAAAAUUCACCGAUUUAUAAAUAUUAUCCAACCGAUUUUCAAACAGAUCUCAAUGGUAAAAGACAAGAAUGGGAGGCUGUUGUAUUAAUUCCGUUUAUUGAAGAGAAAGAUCUUCUUGAUGCAAUGAAAUCCUGUGAUAAAGAAUUAACAUCUAGUGAAAGACAUCGAAAUAGCCAUGGACCAAUGUUAUUAUAUGAAUAUGUUGUAGAAAGUCAAGGAACAUAUGAAGCUCCUGAAUAUUUUCCAAGGAUUACAAAUAAUCAUACCACACUUAAAUUGUUUACCUAUAAUGAUAUUCGUGUACCGGCUGAUAAAUUAAUUAAGGGAUUGUAUCCUGGUGCUAAAUUUGAUACAUACUAUCCAGGUUUUCCGACAUUUAAACAUUUAAAAUAUACACCGAGUUUAGAGAAACAAGGUGUGCGUGUGUUUGAUCAACCAAGUCGAAGUGAUAAUUUAUUAUUGAAUAUAGAAAAUGAUGAAAAACCACCACCUUUAGAAGAGUUAGCGGAAAAAUUGUUAGGGCAAAUUGUGUGGGUUAAUUGGCCACAUUUAACUGAAGCAAAAGUGAUAACUGUUUCAAAUAAGAAUUUCCGGUAUGAAUUAUCGAAUACUCAAGUUUCCGAUGAAAAAUAUCAUGUUAUUGAUAACACAAAUGAUUUGUUGACUAUGUGGAAAUCGUCCGUUCGUGGUGUUACAGAAAGAUACAUAAAUCGAUUAGGUAUCAAUAUUGGAGAAACAGAUGUCGUAAUUCAUGCUCUGUUAUUAACUGGCCGCUCUUAUAUAUUCGGUAUAAAUAACAAAUUUACAUUGGAGAAACAAUGGUCAAAUAUGGCGGAUAGUUUCCCAUAUCAGGUCACUGUGCAAGAUAUAAAAGUAUACGAUCCAAAUUAUGUGCAAUAUAAGAAUGUAAAUGAAGUUUAUCCUAUUAGUAGUAAAUGUUUUAUGCUUGGUAUUCCACAUUAUGGUUCUGAGGGAGUGAUUAUUAGUCAUAAUGAUAUUAAGCAAACUGGUCGAAUAAAAGUUGCUAUAACUGCAUUCCCUGAACCAGAUUUUACAAAGGUUCGAGACAUGGAAAAAGAAUUAGAAGUACAAUAUAUGUCCAGUUACAAAGCAUCUCAACGUUUAGCAAUUAGUACGAAUUUAUUCUCUCGAAUAACUGGUUGUGUUUUUGUGAUACCUGGUGAACGUGUAUCGACUGUACCAGAAAAUGUAUGCCGAACAAAUAUUGGUUUAAAUUUGAAAUUUAAUAAACGUAAUGAAGAAAUCCCUGGAUAUACAAAACGGGAUGGCAAUCAAUGGUUAUAUUCAUUGAAGGCAAUACAAUUGGUUCGAGAUUAUAUGGAAUUCUCUCCCGAAUUGUUUAUCUAUAUGGCAGAUCACCCACAAUCGAAUGUAUUUUUUGAGGCUGAAAUAUUUCCAACGCAAGUUGGAGAGGAUAAAAUUAAAGAAAUCGCAGCCUGGAUUAUAAAACAACCGUACAAUUCUAUUGAACGACAAAUAACGGGAAGUAAAUUAUUAGAUCCUGAAAUUGUGUCACAAAUUGAAAAAGCUACGGAUGAACAUUUCUUAUCAAAUAAAGGUCGUAAAGCUAUCACGAUGCAAGUGAAACCACGUCUUCUGUAUAUGCCAAAUAUAAACAUGGGUUCAUUGUGUCCCGAUUCAAAAGCAACAUUUUAUUUAUAUGAUCGUGUCGUAUUUGUACGUGAAUGUUAUACUGUACCGGUUGGACUAAAAGGAACAGUAAUUGGGAUACAUGAACAACAAACAACAAAUUCUUGUACAAACGAUCAACCGAUACUUUUAUACGAUGUUGUCUUCGAUCAGGAGUUUAAUGGUGGUUUAACAUUGAAUUGUUCUCCAAAUCGUGGUUAUCGAAUAUCUGCACAAUCUUUGAUUAAUAUUUCAUAUGGUGUUCGACUAGAAAGGAUAAAAACUGGUGGAAAUAACGCUGAUCAAAAACAAAGUAACUCGUGGAAAGGAAAAGAUUCAAAUACUGCUAGCAUUAAUUCAUGGAGAAUAAAAGAUACAAAUCAAUCUGCUCACAUGAGUACAUGGAAAGGAAAAGAUUCAAAUUCACAAUCUCCCAAUAUAAAUUCGUGGAGAGGGAAGGAUUCAAAUUCACAACCAAAUUCAGCAUUUGCUGUUUGGAAUAAUAAUGUAGAUAAUAUCGAUCGAAGAUCAUCACAUCAAGUCCUACAAAAUUAUCCUGCCCCAACUAAUGUUAAACAAAUUGAGUCAAGGCUAAGUGGACCUCCUAUUAAUUUACCUCGAGAAACAGGACCUCCAAUGAAUUUACCUAAAGAAACGGGAUCAUCAAUUUUACCGAAAGAAUCUGGACCACCAGUUAAUUUAUCAAAAACGAAUGUUUCAAGGAAAAAGGAUCAAAAACAAGGUUUAUCAGAAUUUCAAGCUAUUUGGAAUGAGUUACAUCAAUUGGGCAAAAAUAUGCAUGGCCCAAAAGAUGAGAAACCUCCUCAAACGAUCGUUAGUAAUCCGCCAAAUCCUGUAAAUAAUGUACCGGAAAAUAAAAAUAAUGAAAAUAAAUCGAUUUUACCGGUUAAAUCUCCUGCGAAGUCAAAUGAAAAUAAUAGUUUUAAAAAAAUUGAGGAUCCAAAUAGCAGUACUGAAUUAUUAAAAAUUAUGUUGAAAAUUAAGGACGAUAAUAAAAGUAAGGAAGAAGAACCGUCACCCAUAAAAUAUACUAAUUUUGAAAAAACUGACACGUCCACGCCAAAAAAAAUUAGUAUUGAAGAAUUAUUUAAGCAUGCAACUGUAUCAGCCGAAAAAAAUCGAAUUUCUAUUAAUCAACAACAAGUACCUGUAAAAAGCUAUACAAUUGAAUUAUUAAAUCGAUAUCAAUUAUUAGGAUUAGGAAUACCACGAUAUACGUAUAUACUUAGCGGUCCAGAAAAUUUAAUUCAUGCACAAAUUGUUUUACCAAAUGGUAAACGUUUAAUUGGUGCUGUAUGUCCAACAAGGGAACAAGCAUCGGAAAGUGUUGCUCAAUUAGCCCUGUUAGAUCAUUCAUUAAUGGAUGUCGUUACGAAUUAUACAAAUCAACCGAAUUCAUCAUUACCAUCCCCACCACAACAAUGGUUUCAACGGAAUGUUCAUAUGCAGCAGCAUAAUAAUUCGGGACGAAAGGGGAAUCAACAUAAUCAAAAUUAUUUUAAGUCAAACGCACGCGGCGGAGGAAAUCAUGAAAAUUUCCCAAAUGAUAAGCGAAAUACAAAUUAUUUUAAAAAAGAUUUUCAACAAGAUUUGUCAAAAGACAAAAAAUCAAAAGAUAAUAAUAAACCAUUAGAGCAACAACGAAGUAAUACAUCCGCGUCUGAUGUGUGUAGUACGUUUGUUCCACUUCAAGCAGUUAAACAACAUCGCAAUCGUGCAAUGUCCGGUGGUUCAGAAAUGAAAAGUCCAACAAAAAGUACAAAUCGAACUGUUCAUACAGAAAAUAAUCGCCAUAAAUCCACUACUGAUAAUUCGAAUAAUUCACAGACUGUUAGUAAUAAUACUGAAAAGAAAAAUGAAGCAAAACAAAAAAAUACUACAGAAUCUACAAACAAUAGUAGUAAUAAUACUCGAAAACAAAAUCGACAGAAAAAAUGGCGUAUUGCAGCAAACUUUAGUAACGCGGUUGUGAAUGAAUAAGGAAAAACAAAACAAAAAUAAUGCAUUUUUUUUCAUGAUUUAUUUAAAUUAAGUAUUUUUUCAAUUAUGUUUCAAUUAUAAUUAAAAAAAUUUGA